AUGUCCGGUGGAGGUGGUGACGACGGUGGCACUGGCUUACAGAGGUCGACCGCCGACACCGACUCACCGCGACAACGCCAAGCUCCGGACGUGGCGGUGGCGGCACCGGGCGCCUCGUCGUCGUCGUCAUCGUCGUCGUUCACAACCUCGUCUUCCACGCCGUCCGGGGCUUCCAUCUCGGAAGGAGACUCGACUUCGACCAGUGCCACCUCGAACCCACGGCAUUCGUAUUCGGGCAGCUGCGACACGUUCGAUCCUCGCUGCAGCCCGUCUCUGGCGUACGGGCAACAAGAGCACCCGCCGUUCGGCGGCGUGCAGCAGCCACAGCAGCUCCACCUUGAGGCGCCGGCUAAACACCUUCGGCCUCCGCUGCCGGCCCUCUCGACCACGACGACGUUGCAAGGCCGAUUCGACCCACCUUACAAGUCCUUUGUUCAGUUGCACCAACCGCAACUCACCGCGCACCACGCCCAGCUGUACCAUGCCGUCGAAUCGAGUCGGUAUAAUUGGGAUCCCCUCACGGGCGAGCCACGCUCCGUACCGCAAGAUUUGACGUACCCGGGCUUGAGCGUCGGCGAGACCAGUCCGCGCCCACAUACAUCAAGUGCUGGCCCAUCGGAUCGUAGGGUCUCGUUCCAGCUACAACAAACUCCGCAAGGUCGAAACUCUGCAAUGUUGAGUUCGGCCGUCGUGACCGCGCUACGUUCCGGGAACGAGAUGACCAUUGGCGAUUUGCUCGAGAUGAGCAUGUCCAACACGGCGUCCUCGUUAGCUUCUCCUCCUGGUUCCCUGGUGGAGUCUUCUUUGUCCUGCGGUGGACCCCAAUCGCCAUCCGAAAAAUCCGACUUUGUCUCGCCGAAUCAGCUCGAAACCGCAGAGGUGAAUUGCUUGAACGACUUGGCGGGGCAUGCUCGAGCGGCGGACCACUCCCGCGAGGCUGGACACGCAACAUCACGAACAACACGGGGUGGCUCGACGCCAUGUUUUAAUGUGACAUCGUGCCCUCCUCGACCUGUGUUGGACGCGACGCGCGAACACCCGUGCUCGAGCGUGGUGGUGAUGUCAGCCACUCGAGGGCAUAUCGCUGACCUUUUGCUCGACUCGUGUUUCUCCGCAUCGUUUUGCAUCUUGCAGGCCACGAACGACCCUACUGCAUCUGUCCCACGCGUCAAACCUUUCAUCGCAAAGCUCGAAUAUCUGCUGUCCCAUCCCGAAUAGUGAGCCGUCUUCACUCGAGCGCUGACAUUGGAGGCCCGUACGGAGUUCCGCAGCACACUCGCUGACGUCGAAGCCCGUGUACCCCCAUAUCGUAUCGCCGCCCAUCCGUGCAGCUUCAAAGAUUGUAUGGUCUGGGAGUGAGUUUUCCGUUUUCAAUCUUACCUUCGCUUCUCUGGACCCCGUGUUCUGCUCGCCCCUCCGCCUCCGUUGGCCCCGGCCGUCGGCUCCGACCUAGGCGUGAUCGUCUGGCAUCGUGGCGCUGGCCUCGGGAUCCGGAACUCCUAAUCGACAGGUUGCCGCCUUGCCCGGGAGCUUUCGUGCAGACCAUUGGCGAUAGAAGUUUUCGGGAAUGCCGUUUGACAAGUACUGACACCGCAUUCUUUUUUCUCGAAUUUUUAUCUUGUGUAGUGAUUCGGGCACCUCGUUCAUCGUCUGCCACGCCCAACCCAGGCUGCUCUCCGAGGUCUUGCCCAGCUUCUACCAGCAUUCGAGUCUGCACGCGUUUACUCGGCAACUCAACGUGAGUGGAAUUGUUACGUGGUCGGAAGACCGUCCACAAUACGCGGAGGUGUCGGUCCCAGGACGCUUGGCGUGCUUUCUCCGCAGCUCGGCUCGCUCCGGGUAUUGCCGCGCUUACUCCGGCGUUUACCGCUUGCUGCGUCUUUGUGUUGACGGUCUACGUCUACUAUGCUUUGAAAAACAUUGUCCGUAUCAUCGUGACCGUGACUGACGUUGCAUUCGGUUCAUUGUGCGAUUUCCGGCCGUACAGGUCUACGGCUUCGCUCGCCUGUCGCCGUCGGAGCUCAUCUCGAAACUUGACAUCACCUCGACGCACGAAUAUUCCGGGUGGCGGCAUUCUUCUUUUACCCGUGACGACCAUAGGAAGAUGCACACGCUCACGCCGAAACCCUCGCGGGCACGAGCUCAGAAGAAAGUGGAGAAGCAAGAGGCGCAGGCUGUGGCCCGGCACGAAGCGGAAACCCACCGGCAAACGGUGGCCAAACAGAAGCAACAGGUUCAGCAGCAGCAACAACAGGAGCAACAACUUCAGCAGCAGUACCAGCAACAGUACCAAUCGUCGAUAUAUGAGCAUCCCCAACCGGCACAGACUUUUCAAAGAUAUGCCGGCUCCGCGCAUCAGCAGCAACAGCAGCAGCAGCAGGACUACGUGCGGGGCCCGGCUCAAUUAGACCAGAUGGAUGAUCAAGUGGGCUCGGGCCCUUCGCCUUUCCUGGCGUACUCGGCGUACACGUUCGACGCUGUCAGCUCCGCCUCGGCCUUGCAGGAGCGAUAG